GGAGCUGGAGCGAUGCCGCUGGGCGUGCUCACGGGGUUUCUCCGGGCGAGGCGCGUGCCCAAGAAGGGAUUUCUCUCCCUCAGCCCCAAGCGCGCCGAGAAGAACUACUACAAGGGCAAGGGCGUGAUCAACUACGGCCGAUUGACGAAGAAAGGAGGAUUUAGCGUCCUGCUUCACAAGCUCCCGAAAUUCGUCGUGCCGGAUCUCACUGGAUUCAAGCUCAAGCCCUAUGUCGCGCACAAUGUGCCCAAGAUCGUGUCGAAGGAGAAGCUCGAGAAGGAGAAAGCCAGCGCUGGAAUCUGAAUUGAUGCCGUGCGAACAUUUCGGUACGCUUGGAGAAUAUGCCGUCACCCGCGUUAAAAUAUUCUCAUCCAUUUAAAAAUUUUGACUUUUACCUUUUCUUUC